CACCAACGAUGACUGAUUAAGCAGGUGAGCUCUAAAUGAGAUGAAUCACUGAUGCAAGAGCACAUUUUACAUGAUGGGGGACCGUGUCACAGCCAGCCCCUCCAGGAUCCCUGUCCCCAUGGUGUCUGCUAACCAACAGUAUAAUGGGACGACACAGAAUGCAGAAACUUUGGACAUCAAUGGAGUGGAAAAUGGCCAGAAAAGAUUGGCACAGACUCAAGGGGAAGCAAAAGGUUUUGAGACCUUUGUUAUGACGGGUGAAAUGAUCAUCAGGACUUCUCAAAAAUCCCGCAAUCCCUCUAGUAGAAAUCCAUCAGACAGCACUGAUGAAUCCUUCGACAGUCAGUCUAGUCUUACAAUCAUUACAAAGACAAACCAUAUGUCAGCUGAGUCUGGUUUUGAAGAUCAUGAUGCUCAUGAAAAGACUUUGGCUGCAGAUAUAGUGGAAGAUAUAGGUAGCCCCAUGAGUUCUUCACAAAGUUCUGCUUUGUCCUCUGAUGUGAAAUCAGAUGUGUCUGAACAAACUGUGAUUAGACAGAAUAUAGGCAGUGAAUCUCCUAGUGUGACUGAUAGCAGUUCUGGAGUUGUGUCCCCUGAGAACUCUAAUGGGGAUUUAACUGUGGACGUUGCCAUGAAGGACUCCGUCGGAUCAGGGAAGCUGGUGACGAGUAAAAGUGCCGAUAAAAUUGUGUCAACUAGUCAUCAAACUGUGAGAGGAAGUAAAAGUCAGGAAUUAAGAACAAAUUGUGAAUUCUCUGCUGUGAGCAUAGACAUUGAGGAAGAUGUCGCACAUUCUCUGGACCAGAUCCCUCAGCAAGGACUGAGCUCACGAGAAACAAAUGUAAGUAGGAGCGUGGAGAGCUCCCCAGAACACACUAAGACUGAAAGGAGUCACGACAGGGAGUUCAUACCAGGCUUUAUAAGUCUGCAUGGCAAUGUGAAUGGUGCUAAUGCCUGUGAUACAAACAUUGACCACGAAAUAUGUGCCAAACCUCUGGAUGACAGUGUCCAGUCUGCUGACCACUCUCAUCGAUCAGAGAGGGACUCGUUGGACCCUUCCAUGGACCCAAAUCUCCUUGAGUAUCAGCCACCAAUAAAAAGUGUGGAUCAUCCUUCAGCCCAUAGGUUGGCUAAAAGACUGUUUCAUAUGGAUGGAUUCAAAAAGUCAGAUGUUGCAAGACAUCUCUCAAAGAAGAAUGAUUUUAGUGCACUGGUGGCUGAUGAAUACUUGAAAUAUUUUAACUUUGAAGGAGACUCUCUUGAUAUGGCAUUACGGAAAUUCCUAAAUCAUUUUUCUCUUAUUGGUGAAACUCAGGAAAGAGAGCGUGUCCUUGAUCAUUUCUCUAGGCGAUACUUGGAAUGCAAUCCAGGAGCCUUUAACUCUGUUGAUGCCUGUCAUACUCUCACUUGUGCCAUUAUGCUGCUUAACACUGAUCUUCACGGACAGGGCAUUAAGAAGAGGAUGACCUGUCAUGAAUUUAUUGAGAAUUUAUCAGAAUUAAAUGAUGGAGAGAACUUUAACAAGGAGGUUUUGAAAAACAUUUACCAUGCCAUAAAGACGGAACAGAUAGAGUGGGCCAUGGAUGAGGAAGACGAAGAUAAUAUCUCUGAAGUAGACGACAAGUUAUCUGCCCCUAGUCAGCCAAGCAUUGCUCUACACAAUCCCUACUUAGACAUCCCCGAUCCUAGUCAAACCACAGAAUAUAAGAGUGGUUAUAUUAUGAGAAAAUGUUGCAAAGAGCCUGAUAAUAGAAAAACUCCACUUGGUAAGAGAGGGUGGAAAGUGUUUUACUCAUCUCUACGGGACAUGGUUCUGUAUCUGCACAAAGAUCAACACAGUAAAGGUCAGGGGUCAGAGGGAUUACAGAAUGCCAUUCGGAUUCAUCACAGUCUGGCCUCCAAGGCUACAGACUAUACCAAAAAACAACACGUGUUCCGACUGGAGACGGCAGACUGGGCUGAAUACCUCAUACAGACAAGUGACAGCAAAGAACUUCAGUCCUGGAUCGACACAAUAAACUAUGUGGCCGCCAGCCUCUCUUCUCCCGCCUUGCCAAGUGCAGUAGGGUCACAGAAGAAGUUCCAGCGCUCCUUGUUACCAGCAACCUAUACCAAACUAAACUUGAGAGAGCAGUUGGAGAGUCAUGAGAACAAAUCGUUGGAGAUUGAGAGAGAUUUACAUGAACACCGACAGUAUCCUCCGGAGAAGGGAUCUAAAGCCAGAAUUAUUCAGGACUACAUAGAUAAAGAAAGUUACCUAGAACAUGAGCUGAAGCGAUAUAAGACCUAUGUUUACCUCCUCAAGGCACACAUGACGGCUUUCCCUGAACUGGAGCCUUCACUUGUGGAGACGGUAAUCGGUGAAGUGGACGAGUCAGUUGACCUAGAUAAACGAGCCUCACCUUCACAUCGGGGUGCGGUCCAGCGGAGCCUGUCUGAGAGAAAAGACGUAGAAGAAAACUCCCACGGAGGCCUAGUUAAUGGCGAGUAUAUAAACUUGGAGUCUGCUGUGACCCACCUCUAGCCCACACACUUGUCUCUCAACUUACAACUUCAAGUCAUCUACAACUCAACCAAAUUAAUCCCACUUUGUACAGUAACUGAACACACAAGAAUUUAUCUGUGAUCUUCUGCACAAUUUAUGUGUGCACAUUUUUUAUAAAAGACCAUUUAGGCAUAUAAAUACCAUAUUAUUUUUGGUAUAAUAUGUGAGGGAGGCCCUGUAAUAGGCUCGUAGUGGUUCAGCAGGCCCUGCACCUUAGCUUGUGUUGUGUUUUUUUUUUCCAAGACUUGGGACGUAUGAUGCUGCUUUGCAUAGUCAAGUUCAUAUCUGGUGCUAGUGAUUAUAUAUCAGCUGUUUUAAUGUUAGUGCAUAUUUCAUUUAACCUUAUUAAUUUUCCAUAUCUGAUGUAUUAGUUUAGCACACCUUUUUUUUGAGAGAAAAUUUGUUAUUUUAUUCCUUGUAUUGUCAGUGUUUUAUUACAAUUGCCAAUUUUAUCCAUUAAUAAAGAUUUUAAAAUAUUC